UGGCCUGUGGAAACAUGAAGAGGGUCAACAGCUGUGUGAAGAGUGAUGAGCAUGUCCUGGAGGAGCUGGAAACAGAAGGGGAGAGACAGCUGAAAAGCCUCCUUCAGCAUCAACUUGAUACUUCUCUCUCUAUUGAAGAAUGUAUGUCUAAGAAAGAGAGCUUUGCUCCUGGUACUAUGUACAAGCCCUUUGGGAAGGAAGCAGCUGGGACUAUGACUUUGUCCCAGUUCCAGACACUGCACGAGACGGACCAGGAAACUGCUUCUCUCAGGGAAUUAGGGCUUAAUGAAACAGAAAUCUUGAUCUGGAAGAGCCAUGUUACAGGUGAAAAGAAAACAAGACUGAGGGCAACUCCUGAAGCAAUACAGAACCGUCUUCAAGAUAUUGAAGAAAGGAUCUCGGAGCGUCAGCGCAUUCUUUGCCUGCCACAGAGAUUUGCAAAGAGCAAACAGCUGACCCGGCGAGAAAUGGAAAUAGAAAAGUCUUUAUUUCAGGGAGCUGAUCGUCACUCCUUCCUUAAGGCUCUUUAUUACCAAGAUGAACCCCAAAAGAAGAACAAAGGUGAUCCCAUGAACAACCUGGAAAGUUUUUACCAAGAGAUGAUAAUGAAAAAACGUCUUGAAGAGUUUCAACUUAUGAGAGGUGAACCCUUUGCUUCCCACUCACUGGUCUCAGCUCCAUCAGUGGGUGAUAGUGGCACAGCUGAGAACCCAUCAUUACUCGAGGACAAGGGAAAACACGCAGCACAGGGUAAAGGUCCCAGUCUCCAUGUGGCAAAAGUUAUUGAUUUUUCACCUGAGCAGUGUUGGACUGGGCCUAAGAAGCUGACGCAGCCAAUAGAAUUUGUCCCAGAAGAUGAAAUCCAGAGAAAUCGUUUGUUAGAGGAAGAGAUCCGAAAAAUUCCUAUGUUUUCUUCAUAUAAUCCAGGGGAACCAAACAAGCCCAAAGGAAACAAGGGAGAC